AUGGGAUUUAAAGCAAUGACUGAUAUACAGGCUGAAGUUUUACCAAAGGCUUUAGACGGGAAUGAUGUAGUAGCAACUGCUAAAACUGGUUCUGGAAAAACUUUGGCAUUCUUAAUACCAGUAGUGGAGUUAGUUUCUAGUCUUAUAAAAGAACACCAGAAAGGAACUCUGGCUAUAAUAGUAUCUCCAACAAGGGAGCUUGCGAUACAGACUUUCACAGUGCUACAAGAAAUAAUAACACAUCAUGAGUUGAUGACUUCUUUAUUAGUUAUUGGCGGAGAGAACAGAAAACAACAAAGCUGUGAAUUAUCAAAAGGUAUCCAUAUAGUAGUUGCAACCCCUGGAAGAUUAUAUGAUCAUAUGAGAACAAAAGAGUUUGAUUAUAGCAGUGUUAAGUGUCUGGUAUUAGAUGAGGCUGAUAAAAUAUUUCAAUUUGGUUUUGAAGAAGAUAUAAAGCAGAUAGUUAAUAGACUUCCCAAAAAUAGACAGACAAUGUUGUUUAGUGCAACACAAUCAGCGGCAACAGACAAUUUAAUAAAAACAGCUAUGAGUGAUGAUGUACACUUAAUUAACACCAAUGAAGAUGAUGAUAGGGCUACUGUUGAAGGACUUAAGCAAGGCUAUGUCAUCUGUGAAACGGAAUAUCGUCUACAUUGGCUACACAAGCUUUUAAAGAAGACACAAAAUUCAAAAGUAAUGGUCUUCUUUUCAAGUUGUAAAUCUGUUAUAUUUCAUUAUGAAUUUUUUCAUAAAUACUGUGAUAUGUCGGUGAUGUGUAUACAUGGAAAAAUGAACCAGUCAGACAGAACUGACACUAUAAACAAAUUUUAUAAUGCACAAAAAAUGGCCUUGUUUUGCACAGACUUAGCUGCAAGAGGAUUGGACAUACCAGAAGUAAAUUGGAUCAUUCAGUUUGAUCCUCCUUCUGAUACUAAUGAGUAUAUUCAUAGAGUUGGUAGAACGGCGAGAGGUUUGGGUGCUGAGGGACAAGCAGUUUUGUUAUUGAGACCAGAAGAAAGGGAAUUUGUUAAUUAUUUGAGAGAUGCUAAAAUUUAUUUAGAUAAAUAUGAAUUAUGGAAUAAGUACAGCGAUCUUCAGUCUAAGAUUGACAUAGCUAUGAAAGACCCGGAGUUCCAUAAUCUUGCAAUCGAAGCUUUUGAAGGAUAUACAAGGGCUUUUGAAGUGAAGAAAUUAAAACAUGUAUUUAAUUUACUUAACAUGGAUUUAAAUAGUGUAGCGAAAUCAUUUGGUUUAAAAGAGAAGCCAGAUGUUGAUAUUCGUGUGGGUUUUAGCAAAAAACAUAGACCUAGGAAGAGAAUGGCUGCGAUAUUAGCUAAAAAUAAUACAGCACCUAUGAAAUUGUUAAAAACGUAG